GAAUACAAAACAAAACUCUAUUGAUUCUAUCGGCCUCUAAACGGCCACACAAACGGCCACACAGAAUCGUUUAUGGUAAGAUGACAGGCUAAAGUAAAAUAAGUAUGUAAAUCAUAUUUAAACGUAUAAAAAUGAAAAAUGUAAUCCAGUCUUUCCGAUGUUUGGUGUGGAAUUGGCCUCCUGUAAUGCAGACCUCUGUGGCAUCUUCAAGGCCAGUAUCUGCAGCAUUCUCAAAACCACACUUUUCAGUUCGCUCUAAUUCUAAGAAUGCAUUGCUUCAAGUUUCACCAUUUUCUCGCUGUACUAAACUACCACAUAAUUUCUCGCAUACACCCACAACCAUAUUAGCUACACAUUCUGCCUUUAAAAGUUGCUUAACCUACAAAAAAUUGAGAUUUUCUUCUCUGUUCGCUUUACCGGAGCAGAAAAGACGUUUAAAUGUCUGCAGAAGCACCUCUAAUGAAAGGGCACCUGACAUCAAUAACAGUAAUAAUAAUGGCAAUGGGGGUGAAUGGACAACUUCCAUUUUGCUGUUCGGAUUGUGGGCAGGUCUUCUUUUCUACGUGUUCAUCCUUUCUCCCAAUCAAACCCCGAAUAGGGAUGUCUACUUCUUGCAAAAGCUUCUGAAUCUAAAAGGAGAUGAUGGUUUUAGAAUGAAUCAAGUUCUGGUGAGCCUGUGGUAUAUUAUGGGAUUUUGGCCAUUAGUCUACAGUAUGCUACUGGUACCAAGUGGCCGGAGUUCCAAGAGUAAAGUUCCUGCCUGGCCAUUCCUUGUACUGUCAUGCUUUGGGGGUGCAUAUGCUCUUAUACCAUAUUUCGUACUGUGGCAGCCACCAGCUCCUGCAGUGGAAAAGUCAGAAUGUGAGCGCUGGCCACUGAACUUUCUUGACUCCAAAAUAACUGCAGUGGCAUUGAUUUUUGGUGGAGUUUUCGUGACCAUAAACGCUGGAGUGGCAGGAGGAGAUGCAUGGAAGGAGUUUUAUCAGUAUUUUAGAGAAAGCAAGUUUAUUCAUGCUACAUGUAUUGAUUUUUUGACACUAUCAUCACUUUGCCCCUUUUGGGUCUACAAUGACAUGACAUAUCGGAACUGGUUAAACAAAGGUUCUUGGUUACUGCCACUGACAUUGAUUCCAUAUCUUGGACCUGCAUUGUACCUUGCAUUGCGUCCACCACUACCAUAUGUUGAAGUCGCCGAUGAGCACCAUAGAUGAAUGUAAUAGAUCGUCCAAAUUCUUUUCAUUCAUAAGCAAAUAUCUUCAUGUAUCAGAAUACAACUAUGAAUUAUUCUGAACAAAAAAUACAGAUUUUUUAAACUUUAUGUAGGAAAAUAUAUCUCAAUGAACAAAAAUACAACAUUCAUGCA